AUGAAGAACGACCAAGGAUCGAAUGGAGCUGACGCGUCACCGACUGGAGGUUCGCAAAGCAACAAGCCACCUGUUGGCACCGACGAGUGGCACAAGUUACGGAGAGACAAUCACAAAGAGGUCGAACGUCGCCGUCGCGAAACCAUCAACGACGGUAUCACCGAGUUGGCGAAGAUCGUACCGGGAUGCGAGAAGAACAAGGGUAGCAUCCUCGCCCGCGCCGUCCAAUUCAUCAACCAACUCAAAGAAAACGAAACCCAAAACAUAGAGAAAUGGACGUUGGAGAAGCUCCUCACCGAGCAAGCGAUCGCCGAGCUGAGUUCCACCGCCGAUAAGCUCAAGGCGGAGUGUCAGCGCGCGUGGUCUGAGUGCGAGCAGUGGAAAAAGGCUGCUCAGAAAGCGGGCAUCACUGUCGACGUGGAUGAGAAGGGCGAUGCCGAUGCCGAAGACGCGGAUUAG